AUGGCGGCCGAGUACCCCAAGCACCCGUUUCUCCUCACAAUUGAGGAGACGGCGCAAGCUCUCGACACCAGCAUCGACAAGGGCCUUACCAGCCAGCAAGUAGCUGAAGCCCAGCAAAAAUAUCCCAAGAAUGAGCUCGAUGUGGGCGGUACUGUGCCAUGGUACAGUAUUUUGACCAAGCAGCUGCUCAAUGCCAUGAUCAUUGUUCUUGCAUUUGCCAUGGCUCUGAGUUUCGGUAUUAAAGACUACAUAGAAGGUGGUGUGCUUGUCUUUGUCAUCGUCCUCAACGUCACCAUUGGUUUCUGGCAAGAGUAUCGCGCUGAGAAGCGCAUGGAUGCUCUCCGAGCUCUCUCCUCUCCCAGUGCCAUGGUUCUUCGCGAUGGAAAGACUCAAGUUAUUUCCAACCCCGAAGUCGUUCCCGGUGACAUCGUCCUCCUCAAGAUGGGCGACACCGUCCCCGCCGAUCUCCGCCUCUUUGAAGCCAUGAACCUUGCUUGCGAGGAAGGCCAACUCACUGGCGAGUCAAUCCCCGUCGAGAAGAUUACCGAAAAUAAUAUCACCGCUCCCGGAACAGAGAAGCCUGUCGAGUCCGAGGAUGAGAUCGGUAUUGGUGACCGGGUCAACAUGGCAUAUGCCACCACCGUCGUCCGAAAGGGCCGUGGUCGAGGUAUCGUCACUGCUACUGGUAUGUCCACUGAGGUCGGUAAGAUUGCUGCCUCUACUUCCAAGAAGACUCGAAAGGCUGGCCGAUCUAUGAACUACAAGAAGUACGGAAAGCGACAGCCCUUUGUUGGUGCUUCCAAGCGAACAUGGGAUGUUAUCGGCAAGUUCUUGGGUCUCACUGAGGGAACCCCUCUCCAGCGAAAGCUUUCCGCUCUUGCUUAUGUCCUCUUCGGCUGUGCUAUCAUCCUCGCUAUCGUCGUGUUUGCUGUCAACAAGUUCGACAUGAAGAACGAGGUUAUUAUCUAUGCCACUUCUCUUGGUAUCGCUAUUAUCCCCGAGUCCCUGGUCGCUGUCUUGACCAUCACCAUGGUCGUUGCUGUUACUGUAAUGCGCAAGGCCAACGUGGUCGUUCGAGAUCUCUCCGCCCUCGAGGCUCUUGGAGGUGUUACCAACAUUUGCUCCGACAAGACUGGUACUCUCACCGAAGGCGCCAUGAUCGUUCGCAAGGCUUGGAUCCCCUCUUCUCACAUCUACACUGUUCGCGACUCUCAGAGCCCCAACGAUCCCACCAAGGGCCGAGUCACAUACUCCAAGCAGAGCGAUGAGCCCGAAGAGAAGGAGGCUCCUCGUGACUACGAUCGCGAGCGUAGUGCUGCUGUCCUCAAGUUUGAUGUUCCCGAUGAGAAGCUCAACCAGAAUAAUGCUCAACCCAAGAAGCCUGAGCCUGAGGUUGAGUGCGAGAUGACUGAUGAACUUCAAGCUUUCUUGCUUUCUUCCGCCCUUUGCAACUUGGCUACCGUCCGAUACGAUGAUGAAGAGGAGAAGUGGCAGGUUACCGGUGAGCCCACCGAAAUUGCCCUUCAGGUCUUCACCCACCGCUUCAACUCUGGAAAGAAGACUCUUGAGGGUGAGGGCUGGAAGCAAAUUGCCGAAUUCCCCUUCGACAGCUCUAUCAAGCGAAUGUCUGUCAUCUACGAUGCCCCCGAGGGCGCCAAGGGUUCCAUUAUCGACACUGUCAACUCAAUGGUCUUCACCAAGGGUGCUGUCGAGCGUAUCUUGGAUCUCUGUGACUACGCCGGCACAGGACCUGACCAGCAGCCCAUGACUGAUGAGCUCAAGGAGAGUGUUCUUGAGCAGAUGAAUAGUCUCGCUUCUCAGGGCCAGCGUGUCCUGGCUAUCGCCUACCGUCCUUGGGAUGGUCGUUUCACUGCCAAGCAAGCCUCUUCUCCCGCCGAGGACGAGAAGCUUCGAACUGAGGUCGAACAGGGUCUUAUCCUCCUUGGUCUUGCCGGUAUCUACGAUCCUCCUCGCCGUGAAACCAAGCCCUCUAUCGCCGAGUGUUCCAACGCUGGCAUCCGAGUUCAUAUGCUUACUGGUGAUCACCCCGAGACAGCUAAGGCCAUUGCUAAGGAAGUCGGUAUUAUCCCCAAGAACCUCAGCGUUCUGCCUGAUCACGUCGCCAAGUCCAUUGUUCAGAAGGCGACCGAUUUUGAUAGAAUGACCGAUGAAGAGAUCGAUGCUCUCGAGGAACUUCCCCUGGUUAUUGCCCGUUGCGCUCCCGACACCAAGACCCGCAUGAUCGACGCUCUCCGUCGUCGUGGCGCCUUCAUGGCUAUGACUGGUGAUGGUGUCAACGAUGCCCCUUCUCUGUCUCGUGCCGACGUCGGUAUAGCCAUGGGUUCCGGUUCUGAUGUGGCCAAGUCUGCCUCCAAGAUCGUACUCACUGAUGAUAAGUUCAACUCCAUCGUCGCUGCUAUCCGUGAAGGUCGUCGCAUGUUCGACAACAUCCAGAAGUUCGUCCUUCAUCUCCUGACUUCCAACGUUGGUGAGGUUAUCCUCCUGGUUUGCGGUCUUGCUUUCGUCGACGACAGUGGCUUUUCUGUGUUUCCCGUCUCACCUCUUCAAAUUAUCUGGAUCAAUAUGGCUACUUCGUCAUUCCCUGCCUUCGGACUGGGUCGCGAGCAGGGCGCUCAGGACAUCAUGCGCAAGCCUCCUCAGGACAAGAAGCGCGGUGUCUUUACCAACCAGAUCAUCAUUGAUAUGAUUGUCUACGGUAUUAUCAUGGGUGCUUGCACAAUGUGCACUUUUGUCAUCAUCGUCUAUGGUGCCAAUGGCGGUAACCUCGGCUUCGAGUGCAACCAGCGAUACUCUGAGGAGUGUAUCCCCGUGUUCAAGGCUCGCGCUGCCACUUUUGCUGAACUGACAUGGCUUAUCCUCAUCUCUGCUUGGGAGUUCAAGAGUCUGCGCCGAUCCGUCUUCCGCCUCAACCCUGACGACGACAGCAAGUUCCCCGUGUUCAAGGACAUCUACUCCAACCGCUUCCUGUUCUGGUCCGUCAUCAUUGGUGGUCUGUCCGUCUUCCCUGUCGUCUACAUUCCCGUCCUCAACCACAAAUUUUUCAAGCACACUGGCAUCACUUGGGAGUGGGCUCUGGCUGUUGGCUUCACUGUUGUGUUUGUUGCCGGCAUUGAGCUCUGGAAGAUGACCAAGCGACACUUCCAUCUUCUUGAGGACGCUCCUGUCCGCCGCGGUGUCUGGGGCCAGGGUGGUGAAGACGGUGGUCGCCUUGCUCGAACCAUGUCUCUGUCCAGCUUCAAGACCUGGGCAUCUUUCUCUCGAAAGGACACUGGCGAGUCUCUCGGAAAGCGAAGCAUCUCUCGUGGACCUACCGAUCGACACAUUGUGCCUCAAGGCCUUGCAGCCACCGAGGCCUGA